AUGCGGCGGGGCGCGCUGCUGGCGAUCGCGCUGGUCGCCUACGCCGCGUACUUGGCGCUGGGCGCGCUGCUUGUGGCGUGGCUGGAGCGGCCGCACGAGGCUAGGCUGCGGGCCGAGCUGGGGUCGCUGCGGGAGCAGCUGCUGCGGCGCAGCCCGUGCGUGGAGCCCCCGGUGCUGGAUGCCUUCGUGGAGCGGGUUCUGGCGGCCGGGCGGCUGGCGCGCUCCGUGCUCGCCAACGCCUCGGGGGCCACCAACGUCUCGGACCCGGCCUGGGAUUUCGCCUCGGCACUUUUCUUCGCCAGCACGCUGGUCACCACGGUGGGCUAUGGCUACACCACGCCACUGACUGACGCAGGCAAGGGCUUCUCCAUCGCCUUUGCACUCCUGGGUGUGCCAACCACCAUGCUGCUGCUGACCGCCACUGCCCAGCACCUGGCGCUGCUGACGCACACACCCCUGUCUUGGCUGAGCUUCCACUGGGGCUGGGACCCCCGGCGGGCAGCCCGAUGGCACCUGGUGGCUCUGCUGGCUGUUGUAAUGACCACCUGCUUCCUGGUGCCAGCCAUGGUGUUUGCAUACCUGGAAGAGGCCUGGAGUUUCCUGGAUGCUUUCUACUUCUGCUUCAUCUCUCUGUCCACCAUUGGCCUGGGAGACUACGUGCCUGGGGAGGCCCCGGGCCAGCCCUACCGGGCCCUCUACAAGGUGUUGGUCACAGUGUACCUUUUCCUGGGCCUGAUCGCCAUGAUGCUGGUGCUACAGACCUUCCGCCACGUGUCGGACCUCCACGGUCUGACAGAGCUCAUCUUGCUGCCCCGUCCAUGCCCUGCCAGCCUCCAAGAGGAGGAGGAUGACCAGGUGGAAAUUCCGGACCCCCAACUGGACCUGCACCAACGGCUCUCUGCCAGCUCCCAUAAUGACUACGCCUCCAUCCCCAGGUAG